GUCUGACUUAAUUUGCUAUAUUGGUCUUCUUCAUCAUUUGAUAUGAUGUCAAAUGCUAAUAGUACAAGUAGCUCACUAUCAAGUUAUGAAAUUACUUUAGCAUUUUUAAUGUCUUUACUAGCUUUGGCUAUAAUGCUAGGAAAUGCUGUGGUUAUUUUAGCUUUUGUGGUGGAUAAAAACCUUAGACAUCGAAGUAAUUAUUUUUUUCUUAACUUGGCCAUUUCUGAUUUCUUCGUAGGUGUGAUCUCCAUUCCUCUGUACAUCCCUCACACACUCUUUGGUUGGAAUUUUGCAAAUGCAAUCUGUGUAUUUUGGCUCAUCAUUGACCAUCUUUUGUGUACAGCAUCUGUGUAUAACAUUGUCCUCAUCAGCUAUGAUCGAUACCAGUCAGUCUCGAAUGCCGUGUCUUACAGAGCUCAACAUACUGGGAUCUUGAAGAUUGUCACUCAGAUGGUGGUCGUUUGGGUGCUGGCCUUCUUGGUAAAUGGGCCACUGAUUCUGGUUUCAGAGUCUUGGAAGAAUACUACUUGGAAUAAUAAUAAUAAUAAGGAAUGUGAACCUGGGUUUUUUUUGAAAUGGCAUAUCCCCCUCAUCACUUCAUUCUUGGAAUUCCUGGUCCCAGUCAUCUUAGUUGCUUAUUUCAAUGUGCAUAUUUACUGGAGCCUUUGGAAGCGGGGUAAUCUUGGUAGGUGCCUCAGCCAUCCUGGACCCAACUCUGUCUCUUCCAGAGACUCUGGGCACUCAAUCAGACGUGGAUUAUUUUCAAGGACACCUCUUCCUGCACUGCAGGAAGCAGCAACAUCCCGUGGUUCAGAGAGACAAGGAAGAAAGAGCAAUCUCUUCUUUUUCUUCAGAACCCAUGUGAACAGCAAUACAGUUGCUCCCGAAGCCAGUUCCCUCUCCCACUCUGAUUCUGUAUCUCUUCACCAAAGAGAACAUAUCGAGCUGCUCAGAGCCAGGAAAUUAGCCAAGUCACUGGCCAUUCUCUUAGGUGUUUUUGCCGUUUGCUGGGCUCCAUAUUCUCUGUUCACAAUCGUUCUUUCGAUGUACAAACCAGAGCAGCGUCCUGAAUCAGAUUGGUACAGAAUUGCAUUUUGGCUUCAGUGGAUCAACUCCUGUGUUAAUCCCUUUUUGUAUCCAUUGUGUCACAAGCAUUUUCAGAAGGCUUUCUUAAAGAUCUUUUGUAUGAAAAAGCAACCCAUACCCUCACAAAAUCGGUCGAUAUCCUCUUGAUGAUAGUGUUCUCAUUUCUGUAAAUUUUAGUCUUAAUCUCACCAUAUUGCUCAUUCUACUCUACCAAAAUAAUCCAUAAAACAAUAACACUUGAAAACUUAAAAAAGAUCUGAACUUGGAGGCCAAGGGAACAUUAGCCUGUAAAUAACAACCUAAUGAUGAAUUGAUAGCAUAUUUUUGUAAACUCAUAGCCACCAUGUACUAUUUUUCUUAGUCAACACCUCUUUCUUGUUUCGUAGAUCUUGACACAACCUUGAUUGUAAAGUCCAGAGUCUCUCUUUUCUUUUUAUGUUGAGUACAGUACUUGUUAACAGUAGUAAGUUAAUUUCUCUCUCUUUUUUAAAAUUUGAUAGCAAAAGAAAUGUAUCCAGUUUGAAAGUCAUUCCCUGAAGUAUGCAAUAGAAUCAGGAGCCUCAUUUGGGGGUAGGUAGCUCUGUUAUCAUCAGUGGACAGGUGUGUUUGGGUUUGAGUUGACAAGAACAGGGAUGCUGGAGUGAGCCCAGGUGAGCUCAUGUAUAUGUCCAGAGUUUGUGUCCCUGAUCCCAGGAAGGAAGAAGGUGUGGUAUGGUAGAGGAAGGCCCUGUCAAUCACAGGAGAAGAGGACAAGGGAUAGGUAGCAGUUUGUCCUAUUUCUUACCGCUCUCUUCUUCCAACUUCCAUACAAGCUACAAUUCUUUGUGUGAAAAUACCAGAAAAAGAGGACAGGUAAGGGGUGGUGUAAGGACUAUAUGAUCAUUGACCGAGCAGGUGUCAAUGGUUAUUUCUCAAAUAUUGUUGUAUGUAUUUAAUGUCUUUACUCAUUUGCCCAAUAUUGUAUAUUGCAGUGCCUGAUGGUAUUCCUUUAUAAUGUAGUUGAUGCAGGUUAUACUCUACUGAGAAUUCACAUUGUAUUAGUUUGGUGAUGUUUUGUUCUUUCGUUCCUUUUAAUUGUUCUCUGUUUUUCAAUGUCAUAAAAUAUUAUUUUUCUCAGAGUUAAUUUCAUCUCACCUAAAGGUUUUUUUUAGUAU